AUGUCUUCGCCUCACCAGGCUGAGGAAGGUUCCUUCGAUGAUGAAGAUGACCCGCUCAUGGAAGGAGAUCCGUUUGUGCACAUCAUCGAUCGAGUGGAUGCCAUUAAGAACAGCUUCUCAACGUUCUACCAAACAUGGAAGGACGAGGGUUUUCCAGACGAAGUCACCAAAGAAGAUAUCAAAGAUCAGCUUGCAGACAAGACAAAUGGACAACUGGAAAAGAUCGAGAAGAUGACGGACAAGUUUGCAAAUAUUCUCGGCCGCCUGUCAGACUUGGUGAAGCAGAUGGAGCUGGACGAAGACGCAUGUUACGAUAUGAUUGAUGAGAUCGAUGAGAACGAGGAGGAAGAGGAAGAGGAGGAGGAGGAGGACGAUGAUGCUCCAUGCGAAACCGUCCUGGAGUUUGAGGACUUGAUCACGAACUAUCUUGUCCCGUUUCUCGAUGCUGUCAACUCCAUAGGUGGAGAGGUACAACAACAGGGGAGAUACGUAGCGCAAGCUUUCGGAGCUCAACGAGAGAUGCUUGAAUUCAAACAGCUUCUUCACGGGACCAAUGAAGCCCUCGGGAUCCGAGAGCUUCUUGUCGAUACCUCAGAAUUCCUCAUGGAGAUCGAAGAGAAAUGCGACAUGGAGUCUGACAACCGACACCACCUAACUCUUGUGUCGUCCGGCAUGCCCUGUCUCGCAUGGGUCUCUGUCCCAAUGAACCCUUCGGGCUACAUCUCUGACAUGAUUAACUCAAUUCCUGUCUACGGUGACAAGAUUGUCAAGUCCACGUCCAUGGGCGAAAAUGCAGAAGAUCAUGUUGAGUUUGUAAAGACGUUCCGCGACAUGUUGCGCGGGCUGAAUGAUUAUGUGAAGACGUAUCACAACAAGGGGUUGUCAUGGAACAUGGAUGGGGAGGAUUUUGCGACAGUUCGUGACAUUAUUGACAACGUGAAUGCUUCGAACCUGUCAGGCUACAGCAACACAAGUCCUUGAGAUAUCAGAUCAUGAAAAAAAUUGAAAUGAACAGAAGUGGAAGGGGAAAAGGGAAGAGGUAGAGGAGGAGGCGAAAAGACAAAAACAAAUGUCGCUGUCGCAGUGAACAACAACGAAAACAUUUCAAGCAUCAAGAUAUUUGUACAUCUUGUUAGUCCCGAUCGAAUCUGUGAAUGACUCGUUGAGAAACUUUGUAAGGCAUGGGAUGUUCUCCAGCAUCCAUGGGAAACCAUGAUUGAUGUGAUUGUGGUCGAGAUCAAGAACUUGAAGCUUUGUGUUGCUCAAUUCCCGUGCCAUCAACCUCACUCCUUCGUCUCCUAUGAUGUUAUAUCCGAGAUAAAGUUCCUUCAUCGCCGGAUGUUUGUUCACUGAUCUUGCUAUCAUCUCUGCUCCCCUUGGCCCGAUGUUGUUAAGACUUAGAUGUAACUCCUCCAACACGGUGUUGGUCUGAAGAGCAACAGCGAUGUUGUAUGCUCCAUCAUCUCCAAAGAACAACCGACGAGCGACGAUAACUGAGAAAUGAUUCCCCACUAUCGCUUCAAUCACUUCCCGCAGUGACGAGCAGACUAUCUCUCUCCGCUCCUUCUCGAACGUCUCCCCGAUCUUGGCGUAAUCGAAUUCUCCCCAGACUGAUCCUGUAGCCGCAUACAAGUAGGAGCGAGACGUUGAGACCGACAGCGAGCCC